ACUGGAGCAGAGGCACUGCCGUAUGGCUUCUCCUUCGGCGGCUUGUCUCCACCCGGUGGAGCCCCGUACGGUGCGGCGUAUGGAGCCGAAGGCACGCCGUGGGGCUGCUGAGCGCCGUACGAGGGAGAGGAGCCGUACGAUUGGGGCGGCGGAGGCCCGCCGUGAGACUGCUGAUUGGGCGGUGGAGCGCCGUACGAGGGAGCCGAGCCGUAGGGUUGCGGCGGUGGAGGGCCGCCGGAUGAGCCGUAGGGUUGUGGCGGUGGAGGGCCGCCGGAUGAGCCGUAGGGUUGAGACGGUGGAGGAGGGCCGUAUCCGUAGCCGGACGGAGGGUGGUAAGGGUAACCAGACAUGAUCGGCAGUCGGAAUUGGAGGGAAAAUCGGAUUUUGGUGUUCGUCCAAUUUGGGGGUCGAGGAGAAAGGAAUAUCUUUCUUUUGGGUCAGUUACCUGUUCUUGCU